CUUCCGGAAAGGCCCCGGAGGCAGGAAUUGGGGAAAGAAGUCGGGGCUCUCAACCGGGCUGGGAGGGGCUUGAGUCUGAGCUCCGGGGACCCCAUCCGCUGAGGAGAUGGAUGAGGAUGGGCUUCCUCUCAUGGGGUCAGGCAUAGACCUGACCAAGGUGCCAGCUAUUCAACAGAAAAGAACCGUGGCGUUUCUGAACCAGUUUGUGGUUCACACUGUGCAGUUUCUCAACAGGUUUUCCACGGUUUGUGAGGAGAAACUGGCAGACCUUUCACUUCGUAUCCAACAAAUUGAAACAACUCUCAAUAUUUUAGAUGCAAAGCUGUCAUCCAUCCCAGGCCUAGAGGAUGUCACAGUUGAAGCCUCUCCUUUAAGUGUCACUACUGUCACAAACGGAUCCCAUUCUGAACCCACUUCAGAGCCACCCCAGAACAACACACAAGACUCUGGAGCACAGGAAAGUGAAGCACCAUCAGAAAAUGUCCUAACUGUAGCCAAGGAUCCAAGAUAUGCCAGAUACCUCAAGAUGGUUCAAGUGGGUGUUCCAGUGAUGGCAAUCAGAAACAAAAUGAUAUCAGAAGGACUAGAUCCAGAGCUUCUUGAGAAGCCAGAUGCUCCAGUGCCUAAUGGUGAGAGUGAAAGAGCCAUAGAAGAGAGUUCAGAUAGUGAAUCCUCUUUCAGUGACUAAGCUGGAUUGUGAGAAGAAUCACAAAGCUACGUGGAGGGCUCUGCCUACAUUCUGCCAAAGAGCCUAGAUUCUAGCUCUUGGUGAUAAAAUGACCCCGUGGCCACACACCUACCCCAACCUUCCUCUGUUUAAAAAAAUAAUAAUAAAGCAUUUAUAACCUUCCA